AGGAAUGCUGGGAUAGGGACUUUCCCCUCCCAUGUGCUCCUACUGACUAAAAGUUUUGUGCUGGAGUCUACCAUCCUGGCUGCAGGUAGCUAUUGGUAUCAGGGGGCACCUGGCGUCCGGGUCCGGAACCUACUUCCCAGCAGGGUCACACGCACCCCUGAAGACCUGAAGCCUGGCUGACUUCUCGGGUGCUGCCAUGGACGAGUCGCAGUCAGAUCUCAGCAUCGAGCUCCCUCUAAGUCAGGAGACAUUUUCAGACCUGUGGAAACUACUUCCUCCAAACAAUGUUCUGCCCACCUUGCCGUCAUCGGAUUCCAUUGAAGAACUGUUCCUGUCUGAGAUGUCUGAGAAUGUCGCAGACUGGUUAGAAGACCCAAGUGAGACGCUCCAAAGGGCAGCAACAGCAGCAGAGGACCCUGUAACCGAGACUCCUGCACCAGUGGCCCCGGCACCAGCCACCCCCUGGCCCCUUUCAUCUUCCGUCCCGUCCUAUAAAACCUACCACGGCCACUAUGGUUUCCGUCUGGGCUUCCUGCAGUCGGGGACAGCCAAAUCUGUCACGUGCACGUACUCCCCUUCCCUCAAUAAGCUAUUCUGCCAGCUGGCAAAAACAUGCCCUGUGCAGCUGUGGGUCAACGCCACACCUCCACCUGGCACCCGUGUCCGUGCCAUGGCCAUCUACAAGAAGUCACAAUACAUGACCGAAGUUGUAAGACGCUGCCCUCACCAUGAGCGGUCCUCCGAAAGCGAUGGUUUGGCUCCUCCUCAGCAUCUUAUCCGAGUGGAAGGAAAUUUGCAUGCCGAAUACCUGGACGACAGGCAGACUUUUCGGCACAGUGUGGUGGUACCAUAUGAGCCACCUGAGGUUGGCUCUGACUGUACCACCAUCCACUACAACUACAUGUGUAAUAGCUCCUGCAUGGGGGGCAUGAACCGGCGGCCUAUCCUUACCAUCAUCACACUAGAAGACCCCAGUGGGAACCUGCUGGGACGGAACAGCUUUGAGGUUCGUGUUUGUGCCUGUCCUGGGAGAGACCGCCGUACAGAGGAAAAAAAUUUCCAAAAAAAGGGAGAACCUUGCCCAGAGCUGCCCCCAAAGAGUGCUAAACGAGCAUUGCCUGCCAACACAAGCUCCUCUCCCCAGCCAAAGAGAAAAACACUUGAUGGAGAAUAUUUCACCCUGAAGAUCCGCGGUCAUGAACGCUUCAGGAUGUUCCAAGAGCUGAAUGAGGCCUUGGAAUUGAAGGAUGCUCAGGCUUCAAAGGGGUCAGAGGACAGUGAUGCUCACUCCAGAGCCUUCCAGACUUGAUCAAGGAGAAAAGCCCGACUGCUGGCCCCUAUCACACCAUCUCUUCCCUGUCUUCCUACAGCUACCUGAAGUCCAAGAAGGGCCCGUCUGCCUCCCGUCUUAAAAAACCAAUGAUCAAGAGAGAGGGGCCUGACUCAGACUGACUUCCUUCCUCUGCCUCCUGUCCCCCAUCAGCAGCCACCCACCCCCCUCCUUUCCCACCAUUUUGUCACUGGGUGCUUGAACUCCGGCUUGGGUUGAUCUGUCAUCUCUGGUGUCUGGGGAGGGUGGUGAGCUACACCAGCUCCCUCUGCUUUUAGGAUUCUGACUCCCGAGGAGAGGAAGAAAAUCCUCAAUAGGAAUUUGCAAUUGGCCUGUGCCAUGGUGAGGCCCCGCCCAAUUCUCUAAGAAAGCCAUCUGAGUUUACUUUCUCCUGACUUGAAUAGCUGUAAAAUGCAAAUGAGCAUACCUGCCUCUCAGGGUUUGUUGUGAUACUUAUCCCCUCCAUACCUUUUAUUACCUGUGGCCUGGACCCAGCCCCCUCUACAACAGGGGUGCUGGUUCCUGGCCCCUGUUGGAGGAAUGGGUUGGUAGUUGCCAGGUCUCUGCUGGCCCAGCGAAAUCUUAUCCCGACACUUGUUGGACCCUGGCACCUAAAAUGAAAUUUCACCCCACCCUACACCCUGUAAGAUUCUAUCUUGGGCUCUCAUAGGGUCCAUAUCCACCACGACCCAUUUUCUUUCCACCUUGCGCUCAGGAUCAGUUUAUUUGAACUCUGCCUUUCUGCAUUUAUCAUCCCCCUCCCUUUUUAUACCAUACCCCCUUUUAUAUACCGAUUUCUUAUUUUACAAUAAAAUUUUGUUAUCACUUGUA